AUGGAGUUAAUUGACAAUGAAAUAAAAGACGAUAAAUAUAAAGAGGCGGGUUCUAGAGUAUGGCAGCUUAUAAACAAAUAUUACACAGCACUAGUACGAGUACUACCCUUGAUAGAUGGAGAGGAAUUCUCGGAUAUUGAAGCUGAAGCUCAUGUUAUUUAUUUAACCGAAAAUGAGGGUGCUGAAGUGGCAGAGGCACGCAGGGUUCUUACAUCAAGCGUGCUGCGUCGAGGAGCAGUGCACCUUGCACUUGUGGAAUCAGCAGAAAUUACUGAGAGCCUCGUCUCUUGGGGGGUGCGCGCCCGUUACGAGGUGGUGGCGCUGCGGGGCGAGGGUGCGGCGGAGGCGGAGGGGGAGGAGCGGGGCGUCGCGAGGGCGAGGGCCGCGCUGCACGCGCACGUGUGGCCCUCGCUGCGGCGGCGCGGCGCCCCUCCGGCCGGGCCAGGUGUGCCCUCGCCGCCCGCAGACGACUGCGAGUCGUCGGGGGGCGAGGGCGAGGGCGAGGGCGAGGAGGGCGAGGAGGGGGCGGUGGAGCGCGCCGAGGCGUUCGCAGAGGCGCUGGGCGCGCUGGCGGCGCUGGGCGCGGCGCGCGGCGCGCGGCUCGCCGAGCAGCACGACGGGCUGCGCCUCGAGCGCGCCUCGCAGCUGGUGGCCGCCUUCUGCCGCGCGCUCGGCCACGACCUGGACGCAUGC